AUGUCUCGCUACGCCGAAGCACACAUCAGCUGCAAUGGACAUGGUGAUGCUCGUCCAACCGCCCUGCAGAUCGUCGGAGAUGAGAAUCUUGUUGGCAAGCUGUCAGAUAAGGUCUUCAUUGUGACUGGCGUCUCGUCUGGAAUCGGCAUCGAGAACAUGCGAGCGCUAUACGCGACGGGAGGACAUGUAAUCGGGAUCGUGAGGAAUCUUGAGAAAGGGCAGAAGGCAGUCGAUGAUGUAAAGGCCAAGACUCAAGGUGGGAAGAUCACACUCAUUGAGAUGGAUCUGGAGAGCCUGGCCAGUGUCAAAGCUGGAGCGGAAGAAAUCCUCAAGCAGACUGACAACAUCAACAUCCUGAUCAACAAUGCUGGCGUCAUGGCCACACCCCAAGGCAAAACCAACAACGGCUUCGAAACGCAAUUCGGUACCUGCCACGUAGCACACUUCUAUCUCUUCCAACUCCUCAAAGACACACUACUCAAAUCAAGCACUCCAGACUUCCCAUCCCGUGUAGUCUGCGUAUCCUCCAUCGGCCACCGCUGCGGUGAAGUCCGUUUCGACGACUACAAUUUCGAGCAACCUGGCUCCUACGAUCCCUGGGUUUCUUACGGUCAAGCCAAAACAGCGAACAUCUACAUGGCCAACGAGAUCGAGCGUCGAUAUGGUGCUCGUGGUCUUCACGCCACUAGCUUGCACCCUGGCGGCAUCGCCACGGGCCUAACAAAGCAUCUCGACCCAGCGCAAGCAGCCGAAUGGGCAACGCCAGAGAUCGCUAGAUAUAUGAAGUCGCCUGAGCAAGGAGCUGCAACGAGUGUCUAUGCCGCUUUGAGUGGAGAGUGGAAGGAUAAGGGUGGAAGGUAUUUGAGUAACUGUGUUGAGCAGGAGGCGUGGAAGCCUCGCGAUCUGAGUCAGCCGAUUAGUGUUGAUCAUGAUGGGUACCAGACGUGGGCGUACAAUGAGACCAAGGAGAAAAGGUUGUGGCGGGAUUCACUCAAGAUGGUCGGGUUGGACAACGAUGAUUAG